AUGGUUAAAUGUAUCAAUUGUCCUAAGCAUAUUAAUAAGAAAAAUCCUGGACUGCAGUGUUCAAAGUGUGGCAAGUGGCUUCAUGCGUCAUGUGCUAGCAUUUCAAUUGAUCAGCUGACGGCUCUGUCAGCUACGGAAGCUGUGGACUGGAAAUGUAAGGCAUGUGUAGGGUCGCAGAAACCGAAGCGCCUCUCCUAUAUUAUACCAGACCCUGAUGAAGAUGACGGUAAAACAUCUGAGGCAGAGGGAUCCAUUACUGCUGCUUCGGGAAGAACAAUGGACAAUAAAAUGCUGCAACUAGUUCUACAACAAUUACGCACUGAAAUAAGAAAUAUUAUCCGAGAAGAGUUGCAACAAGCAUUAAAAUUUUAUUCAGACAAAAUUGAUGAAUACAGUGUAAAAAUUAACAACUACGAGACUAACGUAAAAACGCUUGAGAAACAGUGUAUUGAUCUAAAAAACAACUUAAAAAUAUUAAUCUUAAAUGUAGUGUACUAG